AUAGGUGAGCUCACACCAGCCUCAAACGAGACAUCACUUCAGAACUAUAAAUGAAGCGAAAACGUUGCAUGUGUGGUAACGAGACCAAUACAAAGGUUGUUCUGUAGGAGAUAAGAUUGUGGUAGUAGUGUUUCUUCAUCAAUGGCCUCUGCUUCACCCUCUCUGCUCAAGUCUUCACUUGUUCUUGACAAGUCUGAAUGGGUGAAGGGUCAAACCCUUCGCCAACCUUCUGCAUCAGUUCUCAGAUGCAGCCCCACCAACCCUUCGGCCCUCACCAUCAGAGCUGGUUCGUACGCUGAUGAGCUCGUUAAGACCGCGAAAACUGUGGCUUCACCAGGGAGGGGUAUUUUGGCCAUGGAUGAGUCGAAUGCUACUUGUGGGAAGCGUUUGGCUUCGAUUGGGCUAGAGAAUACUGAAGCUAACCGCCAGGCAUACCGUACCCUUCUUGUGACAGUUCCGGGCAUUGGUCAAUACAUCUCUGGGGCCAUUCUCUUUGAGGAAACUCUCUACCAAUCCACAGUUGAUGGCAGAAAGAUCGUUGAUGUGCUCAUUGAGCAAAACAUUGUUCCUGGUAUCAAGGUCGACAAGGGUUUGGUUCCUCUUGCUGGCUCCAACGAUGAGUCUUGGUGCCAAGGUUUGGAUGGUCUUGCCUCUCGCUCAGCUGCAUACUAUCAGCAAGGUGCCCGUUUCGCCAAAUGGCGUACUGUUGUGAGCAUCCCCAACGGUCCCUCUGCUCUGGCUGUUAAGGAAGCAGCCUGGGGUCUGGCUCGCUAUGCUGCAAUUUCUCAGGACAAUGGAUUGGUCCCAAUUGUGGAGCCAGAGAUCUUGCUUGAUGGGGAGCAUAAUAUUGACAGAACUUUUGAAGUAGCCCAAAAGGUAUGGGCAGAGGUUUUCUUCUACCUUGCUGAGAACAAUGUCCUUUUUGAGGGUAUUCUCCUGAAGCCUAGCAUGGUUACACCUGGAGCAGAGUCCAAGGAGAAGGCAAGUCCUCAAACAGUUGCUGAUUACACCCUCAAGCUCCUUCACAGGAGAAUCCCCCCUGCAGUCCCUGGAAUCAUGUUUUUGUCUGGUGGACAGUCUGAGGUUGAAGCUACCCUGAAUUUGAAUGCCAUGAACCAAUCUCCAAACCCAUGGCACGUGUCAUUUUCAUAUGCGAGAGCCCUCCAAAACACUGCCUUGAAGACAUGGGGAGGGCGCCCAGAGAAUGUGAAGGCAGCACAAGAUGCACUCCUUUUCCGUGCCAAGUCCAACUCACUGGCUCAGCUUGGAAAGUACACUGGUGAGGGUGAAUCUGAAGAGGCCAAGAAGGAGUUGUUCGUCAAAGGUUACUCCUACUAAGAUGUUUCUAGUGCAUAUGAUACAUGUUAGGCACCAACACCAGCAGUUGCAGUAGGUGUUGACGGAGGAUCAAUGAAGUGGAAGACUAAUUUCUGUAAAAUGUAAUGUUUUUAUAGUCUUGGAGACUAUUUUUGUUUAUGGUUUACAUGUUCCUUUACAACUUAAUAAACCUUUUGCUAUGA